AUGAACUCUGCAACAAUAACGGUUCAUUGGCAUGAUGAUAGCCAACCUGUUUAUUCUGUUGACUUUCAGUCUGUUCAGGAUGGGAUAAAGAAAUCAGAAAGACUAUCAACUGCGGGGGGAGACAAUAAUAUUAGAAUAUGGAAAGUAAACUACAAAGAAGAUGGGACUGGCGUUGCCUCUCUAGAACAUCUUUCAACAUUAAGAAAACAUACACAGGCCGUAAAUGUUACGCGAUUUGACCCAAGAGGUCAUAUGCUUGCAAGCGGGGGAGAUGACGGUGCCUUGAUCAUAUGGACUCUAUCCGAUCACAUAGUGAAAGACUUCGGUGCUGAAGAGGAUGAAGAAAUCAAAGAAAGUUGGAUAGCGAAGCAAGUACUCAGAAGCUCCACCUCCGAAAUAUAUGAUUUAGCAUGGUCUCCUGAUUCAAAAUACAUAGCAACUGGAUCAAUGGAUAAUAUCACUAGGAUAUAUUCCGUGGAAUCGGGACAACAGAUUUUUCAAUCGUCGGAUCACAACCAUUACGUUCAAGGUGUGGCAUGGGAUCCCAGGAAUCAAUUUUUGGCAACUCAAUCGGCUGAUAGAACGGUUCACAUAUAUUCCAUUGAGCACGAAAAUCAAAGUGUGGUACCUUCUUUGCAUUUCAAGAUCUCUAAAUGCGAGUUACCAACAUCCAAAUUAUCUACACAUAAUACGGGAAAUGUCAAGGAGUUUAAGCAAAAUUUGGGUGCAGAUGCUGCAAUCAGCAAAAGAACGACCUUUCUCUACCAUUCCGAAACAUUACAGUCUUUUUUUAGGCGACUAACAUUUUCACCGGACGGUGCAUUAUUAUUAACCCCUCUGGGAAUUUACAGAUCCGUCAAUGAAACUGAGGAAAUGGGCCGUACUCUGGAAGAAAGUGCCAAACAAGGAGAGAAUAGUGAACAAGAAGCCUCAAAAGAUGACAAUGAGGAAAGCUCAAGUGAUAAAGUAACAAAUACUGUUUACAUUUAUAUAAGGUCAGGACUUGGCAAACCUCCUGUAUGUCACUUGCCAGGAUUACUGAAGCCUGCAAUUGCAGUGAGGUUUUCACCCAUAAUUUAUAAAUUGUCGAAUACAGAAAAACGAGUUUUCGAUCUUCCUUAUGAUAUGAUUUUCGCCGUUGCAACCCAAGAUUCUGUCAUAAUUUAUAGCACGUCAAACUUGGAGCCUUUGGGCUUUGUCUCAAAUUUACAUUAUUCUGUCAUAACGGACUUAGUUUGGGAUAGAGAUGGACAAAGUAUAAUCAUAAGUUCCGCUGACGGAUUUUGUUCCGCUAUUGUAUUUGAAGGGGAUGCAUUUGGGGAUAUUUUAUUUAAUACAAAUGAUGUGGGUAAUUUUUGGGAGAACGUGUCUUCGGGAGAGAAGAGAGAGCCUCGAUCAGAGCUUAAUACCUCGGAAUCUAUAGAAAUAGCCGAAUCACAUAUGAGUAAACAUGAUGUUAAAGAAAAAGCCAAUGCCAAAGGCACUACAAAUUCGAUCACAGAGCUUAUUGGAAGGAAAAACGUGGCACUGAAGAACUCGCCAAAGAAAGGAGCAGACAUCGAAAUGCAAAGCAAUGCUCACGAUGUGAGUCCCAAGUCAGUUGAUGACAAUCGAAAGCAAAAAAAUGACUUCGAACCUUUAAAGUCGAAUACUUCAAAACCUAAUUUAGUGAACAACUUUGUCACAGAACCAUUUUCGUCAAUAGAAAGCGCUGCCCCAGACAAGGACACCGCUGACGUCAAACCUGAUUCAAGCAGAGAAAUUAUGCUGCCAGCUCUGGGAGCACAUUUUGAGACCAGCAAGCACACAGGAGGACCCGCGAGCCUUGAUUCUCCCGAUACGAGCAUUUCAUCCGAAUCUGGUGUAGUGGAGGUUCGUUCCGAUGCUACAACUGGUGGUUAUAUUCCAGAUGCUAAAUCUAAAUCUACUCUGCAGCUGAAAAAAAGACGAAUUGUACCUACAUUAGUCACUGAAUAG